UAAGCAGUGCGUAGGUCCACACCCAGCAGAAUCCACCAAACCGGUGAACCCUGGGCCACCCAAGCUGAGUGCACAAACUUAACCACUACACCACCUUGCCGGCGCCGAUACCUUAAAUUUUUCUGAUUGGAGAGGUUUUGAUUGUGUUCCAUCUCAGACUUCAUCCAUCUAAACAAAGUUUGUUCUGUUGUGUGGUUCUUGCCCGCCAUACUGCCACAAUGUUAUCCUAUAUUGAAAACCCUAGCUCCGGUUCUGACCAGAUCAUCAAGAAAAGAUUAACUUAGAACUUACAUGCAAGCUUUUCAGGCACAAACUUAGCUCUCAGGAAUAUCUGUCAGCCAUCUCCCAAAUAAAUGAAAUAUUUGUAAACAAAACAUAUAUAAAAACUUCUCUACCAGGAUCAGGAAUUCAAGAUUAGGUUUUCAUUUUUUAUGAUUCCCUUUCCCUUUAUUGCUCAGGCUAAUAUUAAAGCAAGGCUUGAAUUCCGAGGAUGUGCCCCCACAUAUGAGGAGUGCCGACAGCUCAGGAGCAAUUUCCAUGAUAGGAGGAAGCCAACUCUAAAUUCCAGAUUUGCUGUGGCUAAUCCACAAGUGGCCAAUUGAGAAUUGUGGUGAAAUUUAGGGGAGGAAUGGGCAGAAAACUGGGUGAAAGUGGGCAAUCACAACACCCAGGAUUCUCUUUAAGAAGCAAGUCUUGGCUGUUUUUCUCAAGAUCUUGAAUGUUCAAACCAAAUUUGCAGGUAGGCUGAGAUGGAAUCCAUCUAUGCAUCAUGUGAGUGAUUGCUAAAAAUCUUUCUGUACCCAAACAACCUCCAUCUGGGUGCUCCCUUGCCUAAACCACACCAUAAAUGGCGCAUCCUCUGAGUUCAAUGUUUUCCUCUCUAUGCUCCUUUUAAAAUGCAAAUACUGCUGGAUGAAUUUAACAUUCCCAGAUUAUGAGAGAACUAGGAACCAAGGGGAGAGACCCUUUAAGGGAGGAAAACACCCUGAAAAGCAGGUGAAUUGCUGAAUUCAGACUCGAAGUUACAGUCAUGUUGGUUGGGGGAGUUUGUCAAGCUCAGGCCUAGAAUCUAGCUGGUAUGGCAUUUUCUCCUGAACUUUCUGAGCACCUGGGGUCAACAGCUUCCUGCUCUAGUUAUAGACUUUCCUUUUCCAUGCUGGCUGGUUUAUUACUGAGCUGAAAAAACUGUUCAGUAAGAAGAGGGGGAACUGAAAGAAAUUCUGACAUCACUGAGUGUCCACAAAGCACCAGUUGCCCAGAGACAAAACAACUCAUGGGAGAAGAUGGGAAGUGUCUGUCUGUUUCUUUCCCCUAGAGGGAUAUAAGAGGACAAGCACCUCUACUGACAGGAGGUAGUGAGAUGGAUGUCAGGAAGAACUUUUGAACAGAAAGAUGAGCUAUCAGUUUGCUAACUCAGUUCCUCAGCUUUCUUAAGUCUUUAAUGAAGAGAGUAAGUAGACACCUCUUCUUAAGGUAUUAGGUAGAGGUAUGAAAGAGGGUCAAAAAGUGCUCUGAAAUCCUUAUCAUCCUUGACUCAAUAGAAGGACUCCGUUGCUGACCUAAAGAAAUAGGCAAUUAGAAGAGAUUUCCCUCCUGACUUCUGGGUGGAAUCUAGCAUCAGGAUCUCCAGUAUUUGUUAUUUAUUGAUGAAAAGGACAGUUCUUGGGGUCUUUAGCCAAGAGGUGUAGCCAAGUUCCUUGCCUGGUACACCAGAACCAGUUAAGCACACCUGCUCACUUCCCAUCAAGCCUACUCUUUGAGUGUGGCAGCCGAGGUUCCUGUGGGACAUGUCAUGGUCCAGAGGAAGAGGCAGAACAUUCACUCCCAGUCUUCAGUGUCCAGAUGAGGACAGCUGACCCAAGGACUAUUUCUGUUUUCUUCUCAGAUCAUUUUAUUUGUCAGUCAAAUAAGAUGGAAAGGCUUUGGUUUAUGAUCUUCAGAAAAGCCUAGGUCUUUCCCCAUGAAAGGAGAUGAUAAUUGGCCCAUUAUUAACAAGAGCUAAUUUUUGUUUGUGAGAUGUUAAGAAUUACUCAAUGGUUUAGAGGUGGGCAUAGUGGUCAUAUACCUCAAAAGAUCAGGGAUCUCUUCUGAAAUCUUCUAGUUUCCUUUGCUAAUUAUGGGUACCCAUUAACUGAUUUAACCCAUUUUUGGAUAAACUGUGUUUAUAUCUUUAGCCUAUUCCACGUAAACUUACUUGGGCUUAUGUGAGUUUUUGUUUAUUCUACAUUUACCUCCUCUUAACUCACAUAUUCACAUCUUCUGUAUUUGGUGAAUAAGUCUAUAUUAACUCUUUCCAUUCUUUUCAUGAUGUAAUAGAUUCAUGUUCUCCUUCAAACUUUAUCUUUCUAGAUCAGGAGCUUUUGCCUGGGAGGUGAGGGAUAUCGAAGAGAGGGGAGGAAAUUUAUCAGAAACUUCUGGGAAGCUUUUCCAAAUACAAUGGUUCUUCUUCCCCUUUCCUUGAGCAUAUUAAAACCUUGGCUGGGGAAAUUUGUAUUUUGACAAUUUCCAGACUUUAUUCUAAUGGUCAACUUCCUUUACCCUAUUGUAAAUGCCAUGCUGAACUGAAGAGCCCUAAUCUUUUUGUUCUUCAUAAGGCUCUUCCUUCAUUUUUGUGACAGCUCAUGCUUGAAAUUCGGAUGGAAUAAAGUUUCCAGUCACUGUGGGACUGACAGUGGUUGGGGAUUGCAAUGAAAGUUUGCAAUUAUGAAAAUUAAAUUGGUACUUAAAUAUGAAGCCCAGAAGACCCUCCUUUAUGCAGAUCAACUUUAUGAAUAGCUUCUUCUUCACUGGCUUUUUUCCCAGUGUUUUUCCCUGGGCAGAUUCCUCAAGUGACUAAAGGCAAUCAGAGAUGGAAGGAACCAAUGACAGCUCCUUGGAGGGCUUCAUUCUGUUGGGCAUAUCUGACCAUCCACAACUAGAGAUUAUCUUUUUCAUAGUCAUUCUCUUCUCUUACUUGCUGACCCUAUUUGGGAACUCAACCAUCAUCCUGCUUUCCUGCCUGGAUGCCCGGCUCCACACACCCAUGUACUUCUUCCUCAGCAACCUCUCCUCCCUGGACCUUACUUUUACUACUAGCUCAGUCCCUCAAAUGCUGAUCAACUUAUGGGGACCAGACAAGACCAUCAGCUAUGGUGGCUGUGUAAUCCAGCUCUAUGUUUUCCUCUGGCUAGGGGCUACUGAGUGCAUCCUGCUGGUAGUGAUGGCGUUUGACCGCUAUGUGGCAAUUUGCCGGCCCCUGCACUACACCACCUUCAUGAACCCUUGGCUCUGCUGGCUGCUGGCUGCCAUUGCCUGGUUGGGUGGCUUGGGAAACUCUGUGAUCCAGUCAACAUUCACUCUGCAACUCCCGUUGUGUGGGCACCGGAGGGUGGACAACUUCCUGUGUGAGGUGCCCGCCAUGAUCAAACUGGCUUGUGGAGACACGAGUCUCAAUGAGGCUGUGCUCAAUGGUGUCUGCACCUUCUUCACUGCUGUCGCACUCAGCAUCAUCCUGAUCUCCUACUGCUACAUAGCUCAGGCAGUGCUGAAGAUCCGCUCAGUCGAGGGGCGGAGAAAGGCAUUUAACACAUGUCUCUCUCAUCUCAUGGUGGUGCUCUUCUUCUAUGGCUCAGCUAUCUAUGGGUAUCUGCUUCCAGCUAAGACCAGCAGCCAGGACCAGGGCAAGUUCAUUUCCCUCUUCUACUCUGUGGUCACACCUAUGGUGAACCCUCUCAUCUACACUCUGAGGAACAAGGAGGUGAAGGGGGCGCUGAGGAGGCUGCUGGGGAAGAGAAGUCUGCUGAGAGGAGGAAAAAACUCCAUCAUUUAUAGCCUCUUCAUCUCUACACACUUUUUCUCAUUCUCUCUCUCUGGCUAGGUGAACAUGAGGAGUACUAACCCUGGUACAAACUAGACAUGUUUCUGAUAACCCUAAGCUGUUGGGACAUAGUUAGUGUUAUUUCUCAUGUUCCACACUUAUUUACCAAAAAUCCUACUGUGGACUACAGAUAACAGGGCAGAUGUGUCAUCAACAGCUCAGAGGUUGUUAACUUAGUACAGGCCUUGCUCACUAUCUCUGUUGUCCACAUUUUAUUUAUGUGUAUUUAUUAUAUAUGUAACAAAUAUUACAUCUUUAUUUAUUAUUGUAUUUCUAGAGAACUCUGUACUUUUCUAAAGAAAGCAAAUCCACUUGCAGUAUCUUAUAUAAUGUUUCUAUAAUUACAUAAAAUCAAGGCAGGUAUUAUUAACCCCAAACAAAAACCUGAACAAUCCAUCUUUGUACCCUAUCCAUCCAUCAUCAUUGUCCAUCUCUCUUUGUCUCUUCUAGAUAUUUCAGCCUAUCUACCCAUACUUCCCAUCCAUAUGUCCCUCUGUCAUCUUGUUUACCCUCUCCUGUAUGUCUACAUCUCAUUUUCCCUUCUGUCUCAUCUAAUAUUUAAUAAGAAAAGGUAGCUAAGACCAUUUUCCUUUCAAUUCUAGCCAAAGAGGUUGCCUUGAUAUACUUUUAUUUAAAUCAUCCUCCCUAAAAAAUUCCCAACCAUCAGAUUUGCUACCAGCAUUUGGAUAUUCUCAUAUGGUCGGUGGAUUAUAGAAUGCCCUGAGAUUCCUUAAGCAAGUUUAAGAGCCCAAGAAAGAACAUCCAUCCAUAAAGCAUGUCCUCUGCCUCAAGAUCUAGUCUUUCAGUCCUAAAGUUCCUGGAAUUCGUCAAUCAGUACAGCACACCAAGACUCACUGAGGAACUCAGGUAUUGGAAUUCAAAUGCCAAUAUGUGAUUCUGUGCAUUACUAGAAUUGCCAAAGGAAUCUGCACCUACCACCACAAUUCAUAUACUCUUUCCCCAAAAAGAAGAGCUAGGUUAAUGUCAGAAACUUGCUUGGCAACUACAUUACCAGAGAAAAGGAAAUCAAAUGGUUUUAGGGCUAGUUUCUAAAGAGUCUUCAGCUUUGUGUCCCCCACAGAACCCAAACACCUGCCUUAUACAAAGUAGAUGCUCAAUAAAUGCUUAGUGAAUUGAAUUAA